AUGCAAACCUCGUAAAUUGAAAAAAAACUUUGCUAAGUGCACAAAUCAGAAAUAGUGGUAGUUGAUUUGAAGCCAUAAACCAGAUUAGAAGACAAAUACUUAUGUACAAGAUGCCUUGCUGAAAAAGUUGAUAAAGAAAAUUUGACAUUGCUCCAAGACACUAUUGAGAUGAUUCAAAGCAUGAAGAACUAAAGCUAAAAGCUCAAUAAGGAAGAAAAUACUAUCAGACUCACAAAUAUUAAAUCAUUAUAAUCAGCCAUCAAGUCAUUUAAAGAUUACAUUAAAACUGAACUUAAUAAAUUACUUCAAUUAAUAGAUUAAUAAAUAGAAUAGAUUUAAACUGAAAUUGAAUCAAAGGAAACUAAGGAAGAAAUAAAAAAUUUUGAUGACGAACUUCUAAUUCUAUCAAAAAAUUAUAAUGGCAAUUAUAGUUUCAAUAUACCAACAGAAUAGAGUUUAAAAGAAAAAGACAUAGUCCUUGUAUAACUGAUAUAAGAAUCACUAUUAGCUUAAUCAAAAUCACAGCAUUUUAAGGAGAUUAUGGAGUCUAUUGAAAAAAUAAAAUUCACAACACCAAACAACUAAUAGAUGAAUAUAAAUUAAAUGCCUACAAAAGAAUUCGAAUAGCAUGUAAGUUCAUGAUAUAAUAUUAGAAAACUCCUUGUCUUAAUUAAAUAUGUAGCAAACAUAACAAGGAAAUAAUCAUGUUAAACCUUAAUUUGAAUGAACCUGAAUUUAGUCGACUGGCAUGUGUAGAAUGCAUUGAAGAUUGUCCUAUUUAAUACAUUAGUUUGAAAGAGGCGAAUAAAAGAUGGAAUGAAUUCAAAGGAUAAUAAACUGAUUUAAUUUCAAAACAUAAUUUCAAAAGAGAAAAAACAUUUAAUGUGGCUAUAAAAGAAAUUAAAUAACUACGAGACUAUUAUAAUGAUUAAUUAUCAGAAAUACUUACAUCUAUUAAUGAAUAAUUAAUUCAAAAUACUCAAAAUAUUAAAGAUUUUAUUAAUUUAGAAAAUAAAUAGAUAUUUGAAUUAGAAGAAAAAUAAAUUGAAAAAAUAGUUGAUUUGUUAAGUUAAAAAGAUAAAAAUAAGCAUCUGCUUGAAGAGCAAGAAAAACAAGAAAGACUUGAUUAUUUGUUUUAUUAAAAUAUCAAAUAAAAAUUGGAUUGUCUUAUUAAACAUGAUCUUCUUUGUAAGUAAUAAUUGAUUAAAUUAAUGUAAUAACAAUAAGGUACUUUAAUAUAUAUUAUUAUUAGAUUUAUAAUAAUCAGAAAGAAACGAUUCACAAAUUAAUAAAAAAAGUCCUGAAAUACAUGAAUUCAUAUCCAAAUGUUAAUUGCAAGAUUCUUAUAUAUCUAUAUUUAAUGAGUCAGUUGACUUAUAGAUGGAAUUACAGAAAGAAGCGAACAAUUUAUAAUAACAAGGAUAGCUUGAAUAAUUAACUUUAUUGGAGAGUGAUAAUAAUAAUGAGAAUGCUUAAUUAUCUUAAAUGUAAUAAUAAUAUAAAUAAUUUGAAAUAAAUUCAGAAAAAAUGAAAAAAUUGAUAAAGGCAGAGGAAAAUUAUGAAUAAUUAAAAAUAAUUAAACAACAAAAAGAAGAUUUACAACAACAGAUUGAAGAUGAAAAGUUAGUUUUUAAAUAAAUUUAAUAAAAAAUUACUUGUUUAGAAGAAAACAUGACUACUUCGAUUUAAGUGCUGAACUAAUAAGUUUCAAAAUAAGAAUAAUAAUAAUAAGAAUUUUUACUAUAAAUUAAUCAAGAAAUUGUUACUAAUAAUAAAUUAAAGGAAAAUUUACAAGAAUUAUCGAAUUCAAGUGAAUAAAAACUAUAAUAGUUAGCAAUAAAAUAUGAUGAUUUAAAUAAAUAAAUAGAUGAAGCUUAGUAAGACAUAUUUGGAAUGAAAAACUCAACUAUAAAAAAAUUAGAAUAAUUAGAAAACAGCAUUGAUACAAAAUAAAAAACAAUUCAUGAGAAAAUAGAAGAAUUGAGUAGCAAUAUUGAAAAAAAGGACAUUGAAUAAUGCUCAAAAUUAUAAUAAGAAAAAUAAGAACUAUUAAAAAAAAUUAAUGAGGAAAAGAUUGCAACCAAUUCAUAAAUUGAGUAACAAAAUAAUAAAUUCAAAUAAAUCAUCAAAGAAAAUUAAGACGAAUUUACUAAAUAGGAAAAAUCAAUAUCAUCAGUUGCCUAAUUAAUUAAAGAGGAAAAUUAAGCAAAUGCUUAAUUAAAAAAAGAAAUAAAAGAAGUUGGAGAUCAAAGCUAGAAAGGAAUAUCAUAAUUGGCUAUAAAAAUUGAUAAUUAGUCUAAAGAAUUAAUUAAAAUAAAUUCUGAAGUAGAAUUUUCUUUAAGGGAUAAACUACUCUUAUACCAUUUCGAAAAUAGAAAUCGCUUAGAAAGUUCAAAAUAAUAUUUAAAAUAAAAAUUUGUUAAUUUUGAGAAAGCAUUUGUUCACUUUGAAAAUGUACUAUAACCAAAAUUACUUCGAGGUGAUUAUUGGAUUAAAUUAUUUUACAUUUUAUAAGAUAAAACAAAGAAAAUAAUAAAGGGUUCAGAAGAAAUGUAUUUAGGUAGUCGAGAUGGGUUAAAGGCAUAAAAUUUUUGGUAGAAAGUUAAUAAUAAAGACAAUCUACUCAUGAUAUUUAAAUCCAAAAGUGGCUCUAUCUUUGGAGCAUACUCUCCUUGUAAAUGGGAUUCUAGUAAAAAUACAUUUAUAGCAGAUAAUACAUUAACAUCUUUUAUAUUUUCAUAAACUCAUGAUUAAAUAUAUAAUUUGAAGGAGGAUAAGAAGGAUAGAGCUAUUUAUUGUAAAAGUGAUUUUGGACCAUCAUAUGGAAAUUAUAAUGAUAUUGAUAUUAAAGGUGAUUUUACUGAUGGUCAUUCUAAUUUAGGAUAUGAUUAUGAAUUUGAUCAAGAUAAAAAUAAGAAUUAUAACACUCAUCUUUAUGGAUAAGCAAAGCCAGAAAUAUAGGAAUGUGAAAUAUAUCAAAUAUAAUUCAAUUGA